CUCGGCAGCUACGCAUCCGACGGGAAUAUAUCACUGUAGUUCGGUGUGUUCAGGCAGUGGCAGUUAAAUAUUUUAUUUUAUAGUUACAUAAAAACAAAUCGACAUAAAUUCUUAAUAAAAUUGUGUAUAUUACGGAAAUGGGCGGUGCGUGUCAGACAGUUGUCUUUAUUGUUUAUCGACUUUCUGUGUUUCAGCCCUAUUAAACGGAUCUGUGAUAUAAGAGACUUGAAUUGCACGUAAUGUUAAAGCUGGGGUUUAAAGGUAACGAUUAUAGUCUAUAGGAAUUGUAAGAAUAAUUUAUUCAGAUAACAGUCAGUGGUUCAGGACAGUAACGUUAGUAUCCAGCAAACAAGGAUGUCCGAAUCCGGUCACAGCCAGCCCGGCAUGUACGGACAGGGAAGGAGGAGACGGCGUCGACGAGAAAGAGAUCCGGGACAACCGGGUCAAAACCUUUCCGGUCCUAGUCGUGAUCGAGACUACAUUCCCCGUGAGCGCAGGGAUGGUAGCGAGGAACCGACAGGUCCACUUUUACAGAAGACCCCCAUUAUCCUUGCCAAACCUCCUGGAGAAAGAUCCAAACCAAGUGCUCCUGUGAGUGGGACCACAUCUUUGGAAAAGCCGAUCAUGCUUAUUAAGACCAGAGAGGAGGGUGGGAAACCUGGAACAUCCCCUGAUGUCGCCCCAUCAACAUCAAGUGCAGGAACUGCCAAAUUGGAGAGAGAAGGCCAGCGUCCAACUCAACCUGUUUAUCAGAUCCAGAACAGAGGCAUGGGCUCAGCUGCAUCUGGCGGAGCUGUUGAUCCUGUGAUCGGACAGACUAAGCUCCUACCCCCUGAGAAGAUGAAGCACAGCAUAAAGCUAGUGGAUGACCAAAUGAACUGGUGUGACAGCGCUAUGGAGUAUCUGCGUGACCAGACAGACAUGCUGGUUGUGGGAGUUAUCGGCUUACAAGGCACAGGCAAAUCCACAGUCAUGUCUCUUCUGUCAGCUAACAGCCCUGAGGAGGACCAGAGGGCAUAUGUAUUCAGAGCUCAGUCGCAGGAGAUCAAGGAAAGAGCUGGCAAUCAGAGCAGUGGAAUCGAUUUCUACAUUACCCAGGAGAGAGUCAUCUUUCUGGACACGCAGCCAAUUUUGAGCCCUUCUAUUUUGGAUCACCUCAUCAACAAUGACCGCAAGCUUCCUCCCGAAUACAACCUGCCACAUACAUAUGUGGAGAUGCAGUCUCUGCAGAUCACUGCCUUCCUCUUUACCGUGUGUCAUGUUGUGAUUGUGAUUCAGGACUGGUUCACUGAUAGCAACAUAUACAGGUUUCUGCAGACUGCUGAGAUGUUAAAACCUUCAACUCCAUCAGCCAGUCAUGACAGCAUUGGCUCAUCAGGAGUUGAUGAUGCGUCCGAGUAUUAUCCUCACAUAGUUUUUAUGCAGAACAAGGCAAGACGGGAAGAGUUCUGUCCACGAAACCUAAAGAAGAUGCAUAUGGCGGUUGACAAGCUCAUGGCUCAUUCCCAUCUGAAAUAUAAAGGUACAUUGUCCAUGUUGGAUUGUAACAUAUUCCCUGGAUUGAGUCGAGACUAUUUGGAAACAGAAGUCAACCUUUUUCUAUUACCUCUUAUGGAGAAUGAUGGAGAUGACACUUUGACAAGAGCAGGUUCAGCUCCUCCUCUUUUCUCUCUGCUUCCUGGUUAUAGAGGACAUCCCAGUUUUUCUUCUCUGGUUUCUAAAUUCCGCAGUCAAAUCCUGGCGAUGUCCCGAAGUCAGCUAUCACACACAAUCCUCACAGAGAAAAACUGGUUUCAUUAUGCGGCCAGAAUUUGGGACAGUGUUAAAAAGUCAUCGGCCCUCUCAGAGUAUAGCCGACUUUUGUCAUGAUGAUGUCAUGAAAAUCUGUGAGCUCAUUGUUAAAGAGAACCUGGCCCUCUUUGAUGAUUUCAAAAAGGAGGCAGUUCUCAGAAAGAAGACAGUCACAGAAGUGGCACUGGGUUGGGUUUAACCAACUUCUCUGGAGUUGGAAGUUUAUCUAGCAGCUCCUCUGUGAGGUCAGGAUCACUGAGUAGUAGGAGUUUGGGAUGAGUUGUUUGUUCUACGACAAUCAGCCUGUGCCUGCAAAGGUCAUAUACUUACCUGUCAAGUGUUAAAGAAUAAACUCAAAGAUUUUGUGAUGUUA